GCAUUGGUGCACAACAUGUAUACGAUGCUACAGCUUCGUGGCUCGGCAAAAGACAAAUUCAGUUCAAAUUCAACUAGCGCCGGAAGUAGACGUGUAAGUUAACGAAGUGCUCAAGUGCUCAAGUGCCGCUGUAUUACGGUAUUACGGUGUAGCGGUGCGGUGCGAGACAUUUCGCUGCAAUUGGCAGUUUGAUUGCCUUCGCGUACGCUGUUUUGAAAAGCGAUGCGACGCGGCGGUUGGGUGUGUGUGUUUGUUUGUGUUUUUACAAAAUAUAGCGAUUUUCUCAUCUGUGUGUGAUAAAAUUGUAAAAGUUAAAAACUAAAAGCCAUACGAAAUGUCGUUAAUGUGUUGCUGAGGUGCAGCUGUGUGGAAAGUGCAUAUCGCGGCGACUGCAAAAGCCGAACGGCAAUCAAAUAAAGACGAGUUUACUGCUUCGAAAUGCACAGCUGCCCCAGUAAUGGUCGUGCUCGCCAAAUACCCAGGUUUUAUGUGUGUGUGUGGGUAGCGCGUUGCAACGUGAAGCAGUAAAGUGCAGUUAGUCGGUCUAACGGUGCACUUAAUUUUAUGCGCCAGCUGCCAACAACUCGCUAGCUCGCUCGCUGCCGGCAGUGUAACGCUUUAUGGGCAAGGAAGAAGUGAGUUUAGUGCGAAGGAAAAUGAAAACCGCAUAACUACGGUUAUGGGUCUGUGCCAACGUUGAUGUCUGAAAUGCGUGUCUGAUGCCACACAGAGACCGUUAUAUCUGCAUAUAUCAAAUUGCAAGCCACUCAUUAUGAGUUAUUUCAAAAAGUCGCCAGCUAAAUUACAAUAAUCACUAUUAGUUAUCUGCAACAAAACAUAAUGAAAUGAAAAAAAGUUAAAAAAAAAAAAUCAUGCUCGUUAGUAAUAUCAACCACUUCCAACACAUAUCAAAACGACAUUAUCAGCAGCAAGCGACCUAAACAAAAUCUGCUCAAGUAACAAAAAAUUUACCAAAAUUAGAAAAACAAGAUAUAAUAAUAGCUUAGCCCGAAAUUAGUUGGCUAAUAUUGCAUUUGGAGGCAACGCAACGCGACGACGCCCAGCUGUUAAAAUGUUCAUAAUUACGGUCAUUAAGUUGCUGCUAAUUGCGCUGAACCUCUUUCCCAGCCGCUGGACAAAUCGGAAAGUGAUGUUCCUCAUCUAUCUCACAAAUCUGGUGACACAUGUGAUGAUGGAUGAGCCACGCUUCGCGCAACCGAUACCAAAUGUAACAGUUGCUGUUGGACGAGACGCCAAUCUGCCAUGUGUUGUUGAGCACUUGGGUGGUUACAAGGUCGCCUGGAUCCACAUUGAUCGCCAAAUGAUACUUACAAUACACAAACACGUCAUCUCGCGCAUACCACGCUAUACUAUUACUUACGAUAAUGCCAACACGUGGUUGUUGCAUGUGAAUCAAGCGCAUCAAGAUGAUCGUGGCUAUUAUAUGUGCCAAGUAAAUACGAAUCCUAUGAUAAGCCAAGUGGGCUACUUGCAGGUUGUGGUACCACCGAAUAUCUUAGACAUCGAAAGCACACCCUCAUCCGUGGCUGUGCGUGAAAAUCAAAAUAUUAAUAUGACUUGCCGUGCUGACGGCUUUCCUACACCGAAAAUUAUUUGGCGUCGCGAAGAUGGCGAGGAAAUUGCUGUCGAAAAGAAGAAGAAAGUUUUGGUCUACGAUGGCGAAGUUCUGCCCUUGACGAAAGUUAGCCGUAACGAAAUGGGCGCGUAUCUAUGUAUUGCCACCAAUGGUGUACCGCCCUCGGUGUCUAAACGGAUUAUACUGGAUGUUGAAUUUUCUCCUAUGAUUUGGGUACCAAAUCAGCUUGUUGGCGCACCAGCUGGCACCGAUGUCACAAUUGAUUGUCAUACGGAGGCACAUCCAAAAGCAAUAAUUUAUUGGGUAUACAACUCAGUCAUGGUGCUGCCAAGCAAAAAGUAUAAAACGGACUACACGGAGAAUUCCUACCGCGCUCACAUGAAACUGACAAUAAGAAAUUUACAAUAUGGUGACUUUGGCAACUAUCGGUGCAUAUCUAAGAACUCGCUCGGUGAAACGGAAGGAUCUAUACGUGUUUACGAAAUUCCACUACCAUCGACGCCUUCAAAGCAAGUCACACACACCACAAUUGAGACCAGAGAAAACAAUAUCAUACCCACGCGCAAUGGCUCCAUAAAUGCUAUACAAAAGGACAUAUCUUUGAUGAAAGCGGAUUUGCUGGGUAGUGGCGCAUCAUCGGCUUCCUCUUCACAUUCCGCCACUGCAUCUAUUUCGGGAGGAAAUGGAAAUAGUCUGUCGGCGCUGGGGGGUUCCGGUAUAAAUUCCAUCGAUCGAAAGGGUACGCUGGCUAUCGGCAAAAGUAUGUACUAUACAGAGCAGCCACCGAAGCAGUUGGAUGGAUCAGCGGCUGGCACCUUACACAAAUCACCAAGCAACUUCUAUUUGUGUAGAUUUGCGUUAAUAUUCUUAUUGUUAAGAAAUCAAUCAUAAAAUUUAUGGUGUUAUGGGUAUUCAAAUAAUUAACAAAAUAUAACGAAUAAACAUAUGAAAAAAUUAGAUGUAAAAUAAUUGUAAAAUAUGACAUAUUAAAUAUUUACUAUUGAUAUAAAGAACUAAAAUCAAGUUAAAGAGUUGGCUAUGAUAUAAUUUAAUUUAAAACAUAAAAUAUGUAUAAUUAUAUUUUUGUGUGAACGCAGUUUUCGAUAAGAGAGUAUCAGUUGAGUAAAAAGGAAAUUAUGAAGCGCUUUUUUUUAAAGUUAAAGAACUAUUCUCCAAUUAGUAAUAAUGAUUUAAGAAGUUCAAAAAUGUACCACAAAGAUAGUUAAACCUAAGCAUUGACACGCUUCAUGCCCAAAACAUUAACCAAAAUGUCUUGAGUCAAGCCAGGAGAGGUAUUUAGAUGUUCUGACAUCUCUCUGAUGCCAUCCUGACGAGUUUCAAGCACUGUUUCUUUAACUUUUUCGAUGUUAUUGUCUUAAACAUGAUCAUGAGAUGGAUCAUUCGCACGAGAAAAUGCUUUAUGCCACUCAAAUAACUCAGUUCGGGAUAAAGUAGACUCCUCAAAAAUUUCUGCAACAAUUUCAACGAUGCCGUAGCCGCGAUUGGAAAUAUAAAAUUGCAUUUUCGUUGUUAAAUUUUUUCCAUUAUAAAAAUCCUCAGUCAAACUUUUUAUGUCGUUCACAAACCGCUACCAAGCACACACUAAUUGACACAUGUAGAACAAACUUCACACAAACAUAAAAAAUGUUUGUGGCAUUAUAUGAUUUUUUUAUCGAUUCGGCUUGCGACCAACAAUUUGAAUUGACCAAUCCGGUUCAAAUUUGAUAUUCUUCGGCAGGCUUUAGUAAUAUGAAACUAUAUCACGUUCAGGAAAUCUAUUAAGUUUUAAAAUGUUUUUUGUUUCAAAAUAAUUUUUCUAUUUAACGCUGAUUUCGUUUCAUGAUUUCGCUAAUUAUUUCACUCAUCAGCUAAAGCUUAACUACCUGAACAAUUAGAACCACUCAACAUUUCUGAAUUAAAAAUUCAAUUUAUUUUAUUUAACUUAAAGUACUUAUUCUAAAACUUUAUACUAAUUAAGCCGUUUAUAUGAUUUUCAGUAAAAAACUUUAUGAAGAAUAGUGUCAGUUGCGACCUUAAAUUCUAUGAUAGAAUAUACAGUGUCGAAGUGAUUUUACACUUCAACCCAUAACAGUUAAAAAUCUAUUUCAAUAAAUUCCAAAAAAAAAGUCUGACUAAACUAAUUCAAGCCUUCAUUAAGUUCUCUAAAUGAGCUAUUCGCUCUGAUGAAUUUCGCUCUAUCCAACUCACUCACACCACGUGAACACAAGGCGUGGCAAUAACUCGUUUGCUCAGUAUUUGAAAAUGUUAAGCAAAAUUAUAAUCAUAAGCUGCUUAAUUUCAUAAAUAGUUUAAACAUAUAUCAAAUUAAUGACAGACUCUGUAUAUAGACUUUGAAAACGCAUAAAUGUUAUAAGCAUAUACAAGUACAUAUAAAAAUAAUAGUACAUAUAUGUAUGCAUGUAAGCAAAGCUUAUCUGUUAAAUUUAUAGCAUAUAUGUAUUUAUAAAGCAACGAUAUGUACGUAUGUGUGUAAUUUAAUAUAUAAGCUAUAUCAUAUAGAAUUAACUAAAAGAUAAGCGAAUACUUUAUGUAAGCAUUUGAAAUACAUACAUGCAUAGGUGUAUGGUGGAAACAGUUUUCCUUAGACGGAAAACUCAAUAAUGCAAGCAGCAAGUUAGGCAAACUUUGUUUUGGCAAUUAUAUGCGAGACUUAUGUAGGUAAGAUUGUUAGAUAUGUACAUAUAUAGGUAUUACAAUUAAACUUUUUUGGUUUUAAUAUAGAGCUUAGUUCAUUGGAUUCUUUAUAGAUUGAUAAUUUUUUAAUAGGAAAGUUAAAAAUUAUAAAUUUUUUAUUUUAUCAUUUUUAAUACAGCACAGAGGCUUUAAUAAUCUUAUUAUUCGUUGUGAAAGUACAAAUUUUUGAUCAACUCUUGUUACAACUUCCCGAUAUCAUAUUGAGCACAUAAGAGGUAGACAUUGCUCAAUGCUUAAUUGUAGCUUUAAAGAAGUUUUCGCAACUUUAGAACUAAUUUUUUUGCAUUUAUCAUAGACUAAACCAUAGUUUUAAAUAGUGUAGAAAUUUAAAUUAUUUCGACAGGUUAGAUAUUCAAUAAUAUUUCCCGAAAAUUUACUUUAUAAUCAUGGCAACUCGGGCGGUUUAAUCUUAACAUAAAAAUGGAUGGUAAAAAUAGCAAUUGCUUUUUUAACAAUUUGCAAAAAAUGCUGGAAGUUCAGGUCACUAAAUAAGCAUGUAAAUUGCCUUAACGCUCCGGUCUCUUUAAGCGCAUGAACAGCAACUCCCGUUUGAGAUUAUGUACAACUUUGUGUAAUGAGGUCUGUUAUUUGGAUUAUAGCAAUCCGGCACUAUAUAUAAGAAUAUUUUUAAUAAAAGACCACAUAAAAUGGAAAUAUAUUUGAAAAUUUUCGCUUCCGAAAAUUGACAAUUUUUUGACUUUUUUUUUUGAAGUGAAAGCUUUAUAAAAAAUGUCUUCAAUUUUCAUUACAUAUUUCUUACUAAAGUUAUCACUUAUAUCUUCUGCCAAAAAUGUGUAAUGGGGAAAAAAGUUUCGGCGCAAGACUCUGCCGUUCUCCUCCGGAAAGCUAUCUUCUUAUAUUGAAUUUUCUACAAAUUACAUAUUUUUUUACACAACUACGGAAUUUUAACACUAGCAACUAUUGGCUUUUGUGAUUGCCAUUGAACAUUGAAAGAUUUUCAUAGCCUUUCCUCUGAUGGUUCUUGAUGUUAACUAAAAACGGGGAUGGAGCCUCUAACUACUCAACAGAUGAUCAAACACUGGAUGUCAAUAAGUCUAAGCAGUAGGUGCAGUAUAAGCUCUAAGAGGAAGAAAUUCAGUAAUCUGGAAAUUUAGUUUGUGUUUUCACUGUAGAGCAGUCUAAGCAGUAGGUGCAGUAUAAGCUCUAUGAAGAAGAAAUUCAGUAAUCUAGAAAUUUAGUUUGUGUUUCCACUGAGAGUAAUUUUAUUGACGGGGUUAUUAAAACCAAAUGUAGUCAUUGAUAUACAGGUUUACCAAAACUCAUGUUCACCAUACGCUUUUACUGUAUUGAAGGAAGUUAUUAUAAAGAAGUAUAAAGUCACCACCUUAAGAUCCGUAGCAAUAAACUGCAUUGUAUUUAUUUAUGCCUGUUAAGGUUUUCCUCACGAAGGCUACACUUAUCUUAUGCGAGUACGUUAAGGCAUCCUUUUAGAAAAUAUUUUAUUAAAUUUUCAUUUCACAAUUACCUGAUAAUUAAUUACACCACCUAGGGUUAUAUAAAUGUCAAUCGUUUUUUUUUAAUGCCUCACAGUGCUUUAACUUUUAUUCUGCUAUUAAUUAAAUUAAAUUAUUAUAAUUUUUGUUUUUUUUCAUGUCAAUACAAGCCAUUGAUUACCAUCACGAUUACCAUUAAUACAGCCGCUCUAAGAACAGCUCUCAAUACGACUAUUUGCGCUCACAGCGCAGAGAAUAUGAUAUCGGAAAAAUCGUUAUCUUUCGAUUGCAUUUCAGCUGUCGCCCUUUAAUGCUAAUUAAUUCUGGGCGCUCAGUUUUUUGAAUAAUGUUUUAAUUUGUUUUAAGUUUUAACAAAAUCAUACUUGACACCUUAAACAGACAUGUAAAUAUUUUUAGAGAUAACUACUGUAAAUAAAUAUAUCGUUAAGAUAAAUAAAUGAAACUAAAUUCGCAACGCUGCAAUCAUCAAUAAUAUAAAAUGAAGCAUUUAUAGCAAUUAGCAGGUGUACAAUAAAUUAAAUACUGCAUUUGAGGAAGCAAAAAAUGUAAAAAAGUUUCGUUAAUAUAUUAGCGCGUUAAGAGCAAAUGCUAAGCAAAAAAAAAAAUAGAAAAUGAUAAAUGCAAAAAUAACGGAAGAUUAAUUAAACAAAUUGAGGAUAAUAAGUUAUGUAUAUGCAAAUGUUAUUUAAGCGAUAAAUCAGAUAUGCAAUGUAGAUAAAAGCACGAACAAUAAAAACAAUGGCAAAA